GUCGCGUCGAUAUGUCGAUGCUCCCGGCCACAUCAGAGACUCCAGCCUCCGCCUCCGCCUCCGAAUCCCGCCAGCCUACGAAGUCGAAACCCCGACGCCUCCUGGCAUGUGUCCUUUGCCAGCAGCGGAAAGUGAAGUGCGAUCACAACUAUCCUUGCGCCACUUGCGUCAAGGCCCGGGUGCAAUGUGUACAAGCAACUCAAGCCUCGCGCCGCCGAAGACGCCAAUUCCCCGAGAGAGAACUGCUAGUGCGUCUUCGUCACUACGAGGAUCUCCUGAACCAGCACAACAUCAAGUGCGAACCGCUGCACCUCAACCCCCAUUUGACUGAACACAAGAACUCUCCCGCUUCCACUGGGAAAGCCUCCUAUGAUUCGGAUGAUGAAGAGCUAGGAAACAGUACUGCAGCUGCCAAUGACAAUGGCCAGCCUGGUACAAUCACACCUAUUCCUGAGAGAACGAAGGUGUAUAAGGCCAAGCGCAUGUUCCACGUCAUGCGUGAAGAGGUCCGUGACCGCGAUAAAGACGACUCUUCAGAUGAUGAAGUACAGCCAAUUGUAUUCAAGAAGGCGUGGGAUGAAGCGAUUGAGAAUGACCAUCACCUUCUGUUUGGUUGGCCCCAGACGGUUGUCGCUAUGUAUACUCUGCACCCCCAGCCGGUCCAGGUGUUUCAACUUUGGCAGCUCUACCUUGACAACGUGAACCCGCUGCUGAAAGUCACACAUACUCCAAGCCUGCAAGGACGGAUCAUAGAAGCUGCAGGAGACGUUUUGAACAUCAAGCCCGAACUGGAGGCGCUUAUGUUUAGCAUCUACUGCAUGGCCAUCUCAAGUCUCAGCGAGGAUGACUGUCGGGCCAUGUUUGCGUCCCCCAAGUCUGACCUCUUGGUGAGAUAUCAACUUGGCUGUCAACAAGCUCUGCUGAACAGUAGCUUUCUGCGGUGUACCAGCCGCGACUGUUUAACCGCACUCUACCUCUAUCUCGUCUCGAUCAGGCCCAACACAACUCCUGAGUCUCUGUCCUCGAUGCUUGGCGUUGCCGUUCGUAUUGCGCAACGCAUGGGCAUCCACAACGAAGCCGUCUUGGCCAAAUUCACUGUCCUCGAGGCUGAAAUGAGCCGAAGGCUUUGGUGGUCACUCAUCCUUUUCGACACUCGCAUUGGAGAGAUGGCCGAUUUUCAAGUUUCGUCGUUACUUCCCACGUGGGACUGCAGAGUCCCUCUCAAUGUCAAUGAUUCAGACCUCCGACAAGAUAUGAAAGAGCCUCCACAGGUGCAAGGGAAGUCGACUGACGCGCUUUUCGCCGUUGUGCGCAGUGAACUUGGGGACUUCCUUCGCCACACCAUGUUCCACCUCGGCUAUUACUGUCCAUCUCUGAAGCCCACUGACGGAGAUUUACAGCGCCGCCCUGAUACAGAAGGUGGGGAGACAGUUCGCUUUGAAAAGACAAUCGAGGCCAAGUAUCUCAAUUUUUGUAACCUAGACAACCCGCUUCACUUCAUGACCAUCUGGACGACACGAGGAAGCAUUGCGAAAUUCUGCCUCAUGGAACACCAUUCCCGAUACGCUGGCUCACCCCUACAUCAGGCUGAGACUCAACGGGAAGCCGCCCUUUCUUACGCGCUCAGCAUGCUUGAAUGUAACACAAAGCUUGUGACCUCACCCUUUACGAAAGGAUUCAUCUGGAUGAUCCAUUCCCACUUUCCUUUUGUUGGAUACAUUCAAACAGUUCAAUAUCUGAAAUGGCGGCCGAUGAGUGCCAAGGCCACAGCGGCCUGGCAAGUCAUGAGCGAUAACUACCACGCAAGCCAAGACUUGCUAUCUGGAGGAUCUCGCUUCUUCGAAUUAUUAGCGAGUUUUAUCCUCCAGGCGUGGGACGCUCGCGAGGCUGCAUUCAAUGAGACCGGAUCCUCGUUGGAAACGCCGCAGAUUGUGUUGUCCAUCAGGCAGCGCUUGGCACGGAUGGCACCAGAUGGAGAAAAUCCUGGCGUUCAGCAACCACAGGAUGCUAUGGAGAUGGAGUCGACCGACUUUCUCAUGUCCACGUCCAUGGGCCAUGAUGUUUACAACACAUCUCAUAUCAUGGGCGUGCACAAUGACUAUGCAUUCUCGGGGCUGGGGUCAGGCGCUGAUUUACCUGGGCUCUCUAUACAAGAUAUUCAGAUGGAUUACGUGGACUGGUCUGCGAUGAAUUGGGACAUGGGGAAUGCUUCAAUCAGCGGGACAGUUGCGACUGGAAGCCAGGAGUAACAAGUGCAGCAUAAUCAGCAUUGACGGCAUAGAGGUCAAACUACAUACGAUGUGUUGGCGAACACUACACUACUCUUCAAACCUAGUCACCUCAGUAUUUAAAGGUACAACUGCUAUCCCUUAGCGACUCGGAGCUAGACCUUCUUUAAUACCUUUAGGCUAAAGAUUUUCUUUUCUAAUUUUAGGUAAGUAGUUAUUUAGCUCUAGAGUAAGGCCGAGAUGGCGCUUACGUGCGACGGGUAUAUAUACUAUUCUGUACGCAAGAUCAACCGUUGGUUGAUUAUUCGCACCUUUUUGGUUGUAUUGGCGCAGUGGUACAGAGCUCCGUCCUUACAUUUAGUAGU